AUGCACAAAGGUCUUAAAGAGAGAGAGAGAGAGAGAGAGAAGGAGAGAGGGGUGGGGAGUUUCCAGGAUUGUUUAAGGCUACUUUUAAAACUGCCAUCUAGAGGAAAACUUUCAGUACCUCUGGCAAGCAAGAUGGCCCAAACUCUGCCUCUGCUGCUGUUGGCCGUGCUGAACUCUCUGAGCUGCCACAGUGAGGUGAGGGUCAGGGACCCUGACGUGGAGGAAGAAGAGACUGCGGGGACUGGAGGAAGGGCACAGCGAAUUUCUGGCACCUUUGGGACAGCUCACCUACCCUUGCCACAUGAACAUCACGGCAUCCCAAAGCCUUCAGAGGGCAAACCUCAAAACUCAGCUUCCCCAUCAAGAGGAUGGGGAGAUGUACAUCCAUUUGCACAGAGAGGAAACUGGUGUGCGUAUGUUAAUCACCGUAUGGUCACCACAGCUGUACUCUGCGCUACGGAGACUCAGACUGUGAAAUCUGUGAACCCCUGCUCUGAUGGAGCUCCUGACUGUCAAAUCAUCAUGUAUAGGCAGUCCGCACGACCUGUAUACAAGCAGAAGCAGAUAGCACUCUCCUCUAUACACUGGAUGUGUUGCCCAGGAUAUGGAGGACACAACUGCUUGGAAAAAGACAGACCUCCAGAGGAUGAGACGCAUGCUUCAAAGUCUGAUAUUAAUGACAAUGGCAGCUCAGGAGGUAAAAUGGGGACUGACCAAUUGGAAGAUGCAAAAUGGGUUGACAAACCCAUACAGGAGGCGCCUAUUCAUGGUUAUUCACCAAACCAGAGUACUGUUGGUACCAGAGAAGGGAUCCCUACCUCUCAGCCUUUGCCAUUCCUUGAUUCAUCCAUUCUGCUGUCGAUGCAUCAGUUAAUGUCAACUAUGAUGAGUCAGCUUCAACCAGUGCUGGAAAGCUUCAAUCAAACACUGACACAUCUGUCCAGUGAGGUGGAAGCAUUGUCUCAGGACUUGCAGCAGUUGCGGAUGGAACAGGAAGAACAUAUGUCCAUGACCAGAGGCGAAGAUCAUAGCAGACCUAUCGAGCAAAGAAUAGAGUACAGCCAUCUCCAGAUCAGUCAAAUGAAAACCCAAUUGGACGCACAGAAAGACCAGUUUGAGAGGGCCUUUCAGGUCCAGCAAGAACUGCUGAAACACAACCUAACAAAACUGAAGGAAGAAAUGGAUGAUCAGAUCAGCCAAAGUCAGGAUGCACAGGUGAAUCUCCAGUCUCUAACUGAAUUGGUUGAGGAGGUGAGACUUGGCCAGAAGAAGCUGGAAGGGGCACUGCAGAGAGAACGUGCAGAGUUUGUCAAUCCGAGUGGAGGCAAGCCAACACAGGAGUCAGGAGUGUGGGAGGCCAUCACUCGACUAGAUGAGAAGGCACAAAGUAACUCUGUGAAGCUCAGCAGCUUGUCUGAGACUUCUAAGGAAUCUAAUGAAGCGGUCUGGGCACUGCAAAGAGAUCUACUGGACCUGGAACAGAGCCUAGAGAAGGUCAAACAACGAACUGAGGUCCACUUUGCAGAGACUGGUCUGGAGGUGGAGGCUACUCGUGUCAGGGUGCUCAACAGCGUUGGCGAGCUUACAACUAACCUAAGUGCACACGAGGGUCAGUUGAGAGAAAUUGAGCUUGACCUGGACAACAUCUAUCAACAACUACAAAAAAAUGAUUCAGCAGCUGCAGAGCAGGCCUGUAGCUGUAAGUCAAUUGGCAGUUCACUAGCUAGGUUGGAGCUGGAGUUGGCUAACGUGACACAGUUAGCCAAACAGAACCAACUUGCACUUGAGGAGACAGAUCUAGAAAGGAAUCAGGUCACAGAAAUGGAGGAUCUUCAUCAUGGCCUGCUGAGCAUAAAGGAAUCAUUGGCCUUUGAGCAGGGCAGAAGCAGGAGUCUUCAAGACAGCAUGUCCCAGCUACAGGCUUCACUCCUGGACAGCCAGAAGGAGAUCCAAGGACUGAGGCAGCGGGACAAGGAUAAGUCGAAUGAAAUUCAAGGCCUAUCAGCCACCUUUUCUUCCCUUCUGAAUGAUGCCAUACGCCACUCUGACGUCCUGGAAGUGCUACUCGGAGAGGAAGUCCUGGAAUUCACACGCUGGUCACAUAACCAAAAGAAAGAGCUCAGUAUCCCAGAUCUUUUACAGAAAAUGGAUGUGAUGCAGCAAAAGAUUGAAACACAUGAUAAGAUUCUGGUCUCCCUUCGGAGAAAGCAUCCUGAUAGAGAUGAAAUGAAUAGUGAUGACCCAGUGGCAUACUUAGAGGGGACUGGUACAAAUAACCAGGUGAGGGGCUCUGAAACUUACCAGUCCUCUUUACCAGACACUUCGACUGGAGAAGAGGAUGUGGAUUAUUCAGUCAGUGACUUCUGGAGUCUGGGAAAAGAGGUGGAGCAAUUAGCAGGUAGAGUAGCCAUGCUGGAAGAACGCUGUGGAAACUGCACUGUGCCACCUGGUGGUUCUGUUGUAGAACUGCAGGCAGACAUAGCAUCCCUACGUCAGAACCUGGAGGAUCAUUUGAGAAUGUUUCAAAAACUGUUCAGUAAUACAGAAGAACUAAUCAACUCAACUAGAAACCUGAAUCUAGAUGAAGUUUGGAGACUGGUGAGAAAAAAAGAAGGAAAGAGAAGAAGGGGGAGUCUAAAGCAAGAAGACCAGAUCAGAAAAGAAGAAAAGACUUCCAGUGAGCGAAGCAAAAGAUACAGUGAAAGAGAACAUGCUUGGUUACUAAAUUCCCCUGUGAUGUUCAUCACAACCCUGGACUACAGAAGAGGACCAAAGGGAGAGCUCACAUCGAAAAACGUAGCUGUGAACUAUGGUGGUACUUUUAAUCUUACAUCAGGGGUGUUCCAGGCCCCUGAGACUGGAUUCUAUCUCUUUUUAGUGACAUUAGACUUUGAAAGAGGCCUUUCAUUGGCUGUAUUAAAGCGCAGCGGAGUUCCAGUGGCCUCUCUCAGACAGGAACAAGGGGAGAAAAUGGGACCGGUGAGCCGAGCCUCACUGCUGGAGCUUCGGCAAGGGGAGACAGUUACAUUAGAACUGAUGCAUGGAUCAUUACGAAAAGCGCAGCCUGGGGACAACACACUGUCUGGACUAUUGCUAUUCAUUACAGAGCACAAGGACAUGCUGUGAAGAGAACUGGGUGAGUGACAAAAGCAUGGGAGGAUACGUCUGAGCCUGACGCACUGUGCGUCACUGCCAGACAUGAUGUAUUUUGUAUGCAUGCAGCCUCUUCUUGAAGGUGCAAAAAGUACUUGCUGAAAUAUUAUGUUUUGUAACUGAUUCUGGAAUAAUACUGAGAAACAUGGUAAGUUAAAGAAAUAAGGGAGCCAGUUAUAUAACAGAAUUAUUUAGAUACCACCAGCCCUUCUGUUGACCUUUAAAAUGUGGAGGAUCUAAUAAUAAAGCAAGGAAUAAACAGAAACAAGUUCCUGAGGCCAUAUGAAAAAACAAAAGGUACCAAUAGUGAGGGAAACUCUGUACAUAAAAAAAAGGACAUCCAGCAAUUCCUGCAAUCAGUUUGAUCACAUUCUACACAAAUGUCAAUCAAAAGAAGAAGAAAAAAAACAUGAUUGUGUAUUAAAAUAAGGUAAUUUACUUAAAAAUUUAUACAUUGGACUAAUUCUGUGUACAGAACAGCUUUUCUUGGUAAACAUAAGGCACCUCUCUUAAAACCAGAUGAUGUGCACAAUUAAAACAAAGUUCAUAUUAUUCAGGCCAGUUUGUGUUUCCUUACAUAUUAAACAAUUAAGACAAAAAUAUUGUGUAGUCAUUUCUCUAGACACAUGAGCUUAAAUUAGUUCAAAUAUGAUUUUACAAGGUAACUGGCAUGGUUGCAAUGGACAGAAUAGGCUUGAGGACAACUGCAGCCCAAACAUUUAGAAAAGACACACAAGCAAUGGGAGAUUUGAAUCUUCAAUGCAAAGCAAAGGGUUUUGUACCUGUAUGAUAUAUAUUUCUCAGACUGCUACAGCAACAUAUUUAAAUGUACCCCGAUAAUAAAACAACCUUUUUUUUGUUCUUCAGACAAAGGACCCUGGUUUUUAAAUUAAACCUGUAUUUUCCACAAGUGCUAAUAAUGCAUUGUUGUGUGAUUUAAGUUUGAGAUUAUGCUCUUGAAAAACAAAAAUGCAUUCACAUAAUCUUAUUUCUGAAAAAAAAAAAGAGUUAUGAAGUUAUGAAAAAAAAUAUUUGAAAGUUGAACUAAAGUUGCCUGUCCUGACUUUUCAGUAAAUUACAUACAAAGGGUCUAGUUUUGCACAUUAUAGAAACGACAAAUAAUGAUAAUUCACACCCACACUUUCAUAGGAAGUCAUUAAAUGUAGAAUUUCAUCUUAAAGUCAUAAAUUUAGUAUUUGAAAGGUUGAGCUGCACUGUAACAACAUUGAGAAUGUCAGUUGCAAGAACAGUGUUAAUAGUCCUGCAAGUAAAAAUAUCUUACCACAGUAAUUUAUACUAUACUAUAUGACAUGACAUGAAUAAAUAGCACAUGCAUUUGCAUUAUUCUAUCACAUUAGACAUUUAUGAGUCAUAUGAUUCCCAAGCGUCACAACAUUAGAUUGAAGGCAAAACUGUUUAAAUGAGGCAUUGGAAACAGCAAUCCAACCUGACACUGAUGAAUCAGAUGUGAUAUAGUGAGGUUGACUUGAAGGCUAUUGGAUAAAAUACAACAACGUUUAUGAGGCAUUGGGGAGCAGUGGGCAUACAUCUGCACCGACACACCUGCAAUAAGCCAGAUCAGAUCUGCCAUUCUGAGAGAUUGAAAGUCACCAUAUCUUCUAGAUUAAUAGAUUUUAUAUGGCGACGCUGUUGGCAAUAUUUGACCGGUGGUACUUCAAUUCUUCAGGCCAGAGCUGGAGUAAUGAUCACAUUACUCCUGUCAUUAUACCUGAACUUUCUAUUCCUAACAGUGAAUACAUUCCCAGUCUUCAUUAUUGCUAACAUUCUUUUUUGGACAGAUUCUCAGAAAGGAAAGCAGUUGAAGGAAUAAUAAAAAAAAAAAAAAAAAAGGCUAUUAAUUAAAAUAUCAGUAUGUAGUAAUGGGUGAUUUUUUGUUUUAUACAUAUAAUAUAGGUCAUUUGAAUUAAAUAGGGUGAGUUCACUUUUGAUGUUUCAGUGGCCAUAGCUGCACAUGAUCCAAAUGCAAAGUUGCCAUUUUGUGACGCUAGCCACACUGGAACAAAUCCCAAGCAUAUUGAUGGGCAUUUAGUUCGAAUAUCCCCCCAAAUAUGUCCGCCUCUCAACUCAGUCAAUAACAGAGGGGUC